AUGUCAAGCAAAAUCAAGAUUUUAGUCCCUGUGAAGAGAGUUAUUGACGCAGCUCUCAAGCCUAGAAUCAAUGCAACAAACAACGGCGUUGAGUCUACCGGCGUGAAGUACAGUAUCAAUCCGUUUGACGAUAUAGCUGUUGAAGAAGCAUGUAAAAUGAAAAAGAAUCACAAAACCCUAGUGGAAUCAAUCCACGCAGUCUCUAUCGGUCCUAGCAAGGCGAAGGAUGUUUUAAGAACAGCCUUGGGUAGAGGGGCCGACACUUCAACAUUGGUCGAUGUUGGUGAUGCACAAGUUGAACCUUUAGUUGUUUCGAAAAUUCUCAAGAGCAUUGCAGAGAAGGAAAAGGCAAACUUGAUAGUUCUUGGUAAGCAAGCUAUUGAUGAUGACUCUAAUCAAGUUGGACAAAUGCUUGCAGGUUUAUUAGGGUGGUCGCAAGCUACAAAUGCUGCCAAAGUUACCAUUGGAGAGGACGGCUUUGUUGAGGUCGAAAGAGAGAUUGAUGGUGGUGUGGAGGUGGUCAAAGCACCACUGCCAAUGAUCAUCACGACCGAUUUAAGGUUAAACGAACCUAAGUUUGUUACGUUACCAAAGAUGAUGAAAGCUAAAAAGAAACCUUUAGAGGUAAUCUCUCCAUCUGACCUAAAUGUAGAAAUUACCAGCAGAUUAGAGACGAUUUCAUUGAAAGAACCAGAGGCUAGAAAGCCUGGAGUUAUAGUCAAUAACGUGGAUGAAUUGAUCUCUAAACUGAAAGAAUUGAAGGCAAUUUGA